AAAAAGCAUGUAAUUGUUGUGAAUGAUUCACAAGAAUUGAUUGAUAAAAGUCCAGUGUUGCACAAAAUUUUGAUGCACAUGGGGACCUGGAAAACCCUUGUUUGCGUAUUGACUAAUGUAAAUGAUUAUAAAAACAGGAUCAGUUACGCAUGCUAAAUAUAAGGCUGAGGCAUGAAACGAUCUAGAAUCCUUGCAGUUUUACUUCUGCUGCAACUUGUCAUAGAUAUGAACAAAUAUAAUUUUUUAACUCUUGCAGUUCUGCUCAGCCUUUUUUCUCAGACACAGGGUGGUGUUUUACAUCAAGGAAAAUGCAGACAAGUCUUUGGAAACGAUGAGGUCAGAGUCAUUUGUCUUCAUGUUAACUUUAAACGGCUACCCAGUAAAGUCUUUCCAGGAAACACCACAGACCUCCGUGUUCAUUUCAGCAAUUUGAGCUCCAUAUCAUCUGAUGACCUGAAGAUCUUCUCCCAACUAAGGCAUCUCAGUCUGACUAGAAACCAACUGCAAACAUUACCUGCGGAUCUGCUCGAGGGUCUGUGUAAUCUUUAUGUGCUUGACCUUACAGGUAACAAACUGAAGGCUUUACAUUGGCGAGUGUUUGGUCUUUCUCCUAUUGUGGAGCUCACUCUGGCGGAUAAUCUGCUCUCCGAGCUCCACGCGGACUGUCUGCCGGAAAACAGCUCUCUCCAGCGGCUGGACUUGGCAUCUAACAGGUUCGCCCGGCUACCUGUGGCCUUCCUGCAAAGACUCGGCAAUCUCCAGAGUUUAGACCUAAAAAAUAACCAGCUGGAGGAACUCACACCCGGAGCUCUGGUGUCUCUGUCAAAACUCGAGGCCCUUUACCUAGAAAACAACAGACUCAAAUCCCUCGACCCGUCAGUUUUCAUCGGUAACCCAAACCUUCAGCAGGUGUUUUUGAGCGGGAACCGUCUGGAAAUUCUUCCUGCUGGACUCUUCCUUCAACAGAAAGAGCUUGUUUUCCUCGACCUCAGAAACAACAGUCUGCUAAAUCUGCCCACAGGUAUGUUGGGUGGACGUUUUCAUGCGGUGUUGUCUGGUAAUCCAUGGCACUGCGACUCUGGUUUGGCGUAUCUGUGGCAUUGGCUGCGUUUGAACGGAAAGAGAAUUUUUCAUGAUGAUAAUAUUACUUGUCAAACACCUAAACACAUGAAGGGCAGAAACAUUUCUGAAAUUGCUGCCACAGAGCUUGGGAUCAAGGAGAACAAUAGUCUAUUAGGGAAUAAUGAUUGUUGAGUGGUUUUACAAAGGUCAGGACUAGAAAUUGUUUAAAUUGAGGUAUUUAGGCAGCUUUUAUAGACAUUAUAUAGAAAAAAAAGUACACUGUGCAUCUUUAGACAACGCUAUGGCAGUCAUGUACAGUUGAAGUCAGAAUUAAUAGCCCCCCUUAUUUUUUUAAACACAUUUCUAAACAUAGUUUUAAUAACUCAUUUCUAAUAACUGAUUUAUUUUAUCUUUGCCAUGAUGACAGUAAAUAAUAUUUUACUAGAUAUUUUUCAAGACACUUCUAUACAGCUUAAAGAGACAUUUAAAGCUUAACAAGGUUUACUAGGUAGGUUAAGGUAAUUAGGCAAGUUACUGUAUAAUAAUGCUUUGUUCUGUGGACUAUCUGAAAAAAAAAAUAGA